AUGGUGAAGGUUGUGGCGGCGGAGGAGGAGGAAGUGAGUGACAAUGAGAUCUGUAGACAUUUCAUGAUCGUCAUGAAACUUGAUGAAAAUUCAAGAAUCGCGGACUAUUUUGAUGUGAUCGCUGGGACCAGCACUGGGGGACUUAUCACAGCCAUGGUUGCAGCACCAGAUGAUAACAAACGUCCUAAAUUUACAGCUAAGGAAAUUGUGAAUUUCUACAGAUAUGAAUCCAAAAAUAUUUUCCCCACACUAAGCUGGCGACAAAGAAUUCAAGCUUAUCUCUACAAACCUAAAUACGAUGGUGUGAUAUUACGUGAAGUCAUAAGAGGGAAGUUGGAAGGAACAAAACUGAAAGAUCCACUGACUAACGUUCUGCACCGACAUAUCUUCCCCUCAUUAUUUCGUGAAGAUGAACCGAAGUUCCAUUUGAUUGAUGGCGGUGUCAUAGCAAAUAAUCCGGCUUUGAUUGCCAUAAGUGAGGCCACACAAAAGCGGACAUCAAUAGAUAAGCUGCCAUUUGGGAUGAUAAAUAAAAGAAUGAUACUAAAAGUGGAGCCAAAUGAUUAUGAAAAAAUGUAUUUGGCAGCUGGUCCUAUCACUGAACUCACACUUGAUGGCAGUCAAGAUUUGGUUGAUCAUCAUCUUGCCUCUGUUUUCCAAGCCUUUGAUUUAGAAAGUUAUGUGAGAAACCAGACAGAUAAAUUAAGUGGAGACAUGGCUCAAAUGGAUUGUGCCACCGACGACAACAUAAGGAAUCUGGAGAAGUUCGCAAAUGAUGAAAUAUUACAUGGACCAGUUAAGAAAAUGAACUUAGAAACCUUCAAGCUCGAAGACGAGUUCAGGGAUGAAAGUGUAUAG